GACCAGUAGAGAGUGGAGAAUGUCGAGCUUCAGAAGCCAAGUUACAUUCCAUCAGAACCAACCCGUUUGACCCGUUCUUUCGAGACAAGACCGGGACUCAGGAGACCUGUGACGCUUCCUUUUUGAGGGUCUGGAAUUAGAAUAAAAGGAAAUAACGUCCCGCCUGCUGAACCACCGAUCAUGGUCUAGCCCCUGGCUAGGUACCUACCCACAGGAGGUGCCUGGUACAUACCUAAUUUGGUGGCGAAGCCUAGCACUCAGCUGGCGGGCUGACAGCUCUGACUCGAAACUGCAUUUCCGAACGACAUCCUGGAGGAUUCUUUCUUUGCUGGUGUUCGGAUUCUGUAACACCUCGCGGCUCGUCCCAGUACAAUAAAAUGUCAUCUGAGCCAGCCGCUGAAUCGCCAGUCACCCCAAGCUUCGAGGGUCGCCUCAAGCUGCACGAGUUCAUGUUCCAGGAUGGCACAGCACCUCUGGGCAGCAGCACCAACGGGGCCAUUCGGCGAAGUAGCCGACUGACGACUCCUUCCGCGGCGGGAGCCUCACGCUCGCUGGUCCUGACGCCAGAGGUGUCCACAAACAGGACUCUGACGCUGUCGAAGCGGAAGGCAGUGGCAGGAUCAGGAGAUAUUUCCGAGCUCGGGAUAGCCUCACCCGCAUCCUCUCCCUCGCCACUAAAGCGGCAGCGGAGCAACGGAAACGGCAACGGAAGCGGCAACAACAGCAGCGGCAGCAGCCCCAGUCGCAGCGGCAGCCUGGGCCGGGGCCGGGGCCGGGGCAAAUCCGGGUACGCGCCGCCCAGCACCUACGCGCACCUGUCGCAGCUGCCGGACGCGAUGGCGCCGAACAUGCUCGUGCUCUUCGUGGGGCUCAACCCGGGCAUCGAGACGGCGCGGCAGCAGCACGCGUACGCGCACCCGAGCAACCUGUUCUGGAAGCUGCUGGCCUCGUCGGGCGUGACGCCGCGCCUGUGCGCCGCCUCCGAGGACCGCUCCAUGCCGCGCCUCUACGGCCUCGGGCUCACUAACAUUGUCUCGCGGCCGAGCCGCAACGGCGCCGAGCUCAGCAAGGCCGAGAUGGACGCCGGCGUGUGCGUCCUCGAGGAGAAGGCGAGGCGCUGGCGGCCGGAGGUGGUCUGCGUCGUCGGGAAGGGCAUAUGGGAGAGCGUCUGGCGAGUCCGGCACGGAAGGCCGAUCGGGAAGGCGGACUUCAAGUACGGCUGGCAGGACGAGGCGGAAAACAUGGGCGUCGUCGGCGAGGCGGGGCAGAAGGACGAGGAGAAAGAGGAUGGGGUGGAGUACAGAGAUGAUUGGAAGGGUGCCAGGGUUUUUGUUGCUACGAGCACGAGCGGGCUGGCUGCAACGCUGAGGCCGGCGGAGAAAGAGGUGAUCUGGAGGGAGUUGGGAGAAUGGGUCGAAACGAGGAGGAAGGAGAAGACGGCUGCGGUCACAUCCUCAUCGUAAAUCGUAAAUUAGAAAUCGGGAUGGAAGGCAGGCAUCUCGACUUUUGUAGAGACUACUAGUCUGAGAAGUUUGCAUUCAACAUUAUCGACGUGUUGCGGAACUUGAUCUAAUAAAUAAUUACUUGGAAAAAAGUGCGACGCCCGCCCACGCAGGGGUGUCCUAUCCAGGACAUCCCAUGAGCCAGGCGUCGCCGUAGUAGAAGUUGCCCCAAACGCCGAGAGGGUAGUCCUUCCCAGGGAGAAUACAUAGCGAACCC